GGGCACGUGCCCAGGCUUUGGCCUGCGGCGGCCCAAGUCACGCCAGCCUGCUCCAGGCUCCAUCCGCCCCACGUCAAACCCUAGAGUGAGUAGCGUCAGUCGCCAGCCUCCCAGCUCAAGGAGCCAGCCACUAGCGAGCUCGCCCACCCGCUCACGCUCCAGGCCAGCGGCCAGCCGGUUCCCUCCUCCCGCGCCCGGCUCCCGCGCGGCCACCGGCCCUGGCGCCCAGGCCAGUCGCUGCGUGCCGCAUAGUACCAGCACCUGCUCGCCGCCAGGCCAGGCCCGCACUCCGCAGGCCGGGCUACUCCCUCCUAAUUUUUUUAUUGCUUCCUCCAUUUCUCGCAAUUUAGGGAACAAGUUCUGUACAGUUGCUACAGGUCUGGAAGUGUUUGUCUCGGAGCUUCUGCUGAAUGGUAUUGUCUUCUUCCACGAAUAAGCCAUAUGAGUGUGAUUUGGAUAGGUUGGGUUUUGGCACCAUGCAACCCAAACAAAGCACUCCGGGCUUGAUGAGGACAUGGAAGAUGCAAAUACAGUACCUCACUAGACACUAGAGGCCCUAGUCUUCAGUAAAUCCUGGGUCCGCCACUGGUUGACUGCUCACUACUUACUGCUGGAUGAUGAGCUCGACCUUGCCGUCGCCGAGUUGUUCAACGGAAUGACAUGCCGGGAAGUGGCAGCCUCGCUGCACCGAUCGCUUGCCAAGUUUAUCGUGCCUGACAACCCAGAGAAAAUCCUGUCGCUUGUCGCUGCCAAGGCAAGCCAUCAUAGAGCUCUUGGCUCUGCGGACCUCACAUGUGCCCUGCAGGCAUGCAGGGGGCGAGGCAACCGAUGGCCGCUUGUGCUGGAGAUCCACGCGACAUCAGUCGUGCGUGGGCUUGGGGCUGACCGCCUUAUAGGCAACUUGCUGAUCGAUCUGUAUGCAAAGAAUGGGCUCGUGUGGCAGGCACGGCAGGUAUUCAAGGAGCUUUCUUCCAGGGACCAUGUCUCAUGGGUUGCCAUGCUGUCAGGGUAUGCACAGAGUGGUCUUGGAAAGGAAGCUUUCAGGCUUUACAGCCAGAUGCAUUGGACUGCUGUUAUUCCUACGCCAUAUGUUCUGUCUAGUGUGCUGAGUGCUUGCACUAAAGGAAAACUUUUUGCUCAAGGUCGGAUGAUCCAUGCCCAAGUUUACAAGCAAGCAUUCUGUUCGGAGACCUUUGUGGGCAAUGCACUUAUUGCACUUUACUUAGGAUUUGGAUCCUUUAAGCUAGCAGAAAGGGUAUUUUGUGACAUGCUGUUCUGUGAUCGAGUGACAUUCAAUACAUUGAUCUCAGGACAUGCUCAAUGUGGACAUGGUGAGUGUGCUUUGCAGAUUUUUGAUGAGAUGCAGUUGUCAGGGCUCAGGCCUGAUUGUGUGACAGUUGCCAGUCUGCUUGCAGCCUGUGCUUCUGUGGGAGAUCUUCAAAAGGGGAAGCAACUCCAUUCAUAUUUACUAAAAGCAGGUAUGUCUUUUGAUUACAUAACUGAAGGCUCACUCCUCGAUCUGUAUGUGAAAUGUGGUGACAUUGAAACAGCACAUGAUAUCUUCAAUCUGGGUGAUAGGACAAACGUGGUACUGUGGAAUUUAAUGCUUGUGGCAUAUGGGCAGAUUAGUGAUCUAGCAAAAUCUUUUGAAAUCUUUGGUCAGAUGCAAGCUACAGGUAUACACCCCAACCAAUUCACCUACCCGUGCAUUUUGAGGACUUGCACUUGCACUGGGCAAAUUGAACUUGGAGAGCAGAUUCAUUCAUUAAGCAUAAAAAAUGGAUUCGAAUCUGAUAUGUAUGUUAGUGGUGUCUUGAUAGAUAUGUAUUCUAAAUACGGAUGUCUUGAUAAAGCUCGAAAAAUUCUGGAAAUGCUUGAAAAAAGAGAUGUGGUUUCUUGGACCUCAAUGAUUGCUGGAUAUGUGCAGCAUGACUUUUGUGAAGAGGCUCUUGCAACAUUCAAAGAAAUGCAGGACUGUGGAGUUUGGCCAGAUAACAUAGGACUGGCUAGUGCUGCAAGUGCUUGUGCUGGGAUCAAAGCAAUGCGCCAGGGCCUGCAGAUUCAUGCUCGGGUUUAUGUCUCUGGUUAUGCAGCUGAUAUUUCAAUUUGGAACACGUUGGUAAACCUGUAUGCAAGAUGUGGAAGAAGUGAAGAAGCUUUCUCUUUGUUUCGGGAAAUUGAACACAAGGAUGAGAUCACAUGGAAUGGAUUGAUAUCAGGUUUUGGACAAAGUCGUCUUUAUAAACAAGCUCUCAUGGUAUUCAUGAAGAUGGGUCAAGCAGGUGCCAAGUACAAUGUGUUCACAUUUAUUUCCGCUAUUAGCGCUUUAGCUAACCUUGCAGAUAUAAAACAAGGAAAACAAGUACAUGGUAGAGCUGUUAAGACAGGGCACACCUCUGAAACUGAAGUUGCCAAUGCUUUGAUUUCACUAUAUGGAAAGUGUGGCAGUAUUGAAGAUGCCAAGAUGAUCUUUUCUGAAAUGUCACUGAGGAAUGAGGUUUCAUGGAAUACUAUCAUAACAAGUUGUUCACAGCAUGGACGUGGACUAGAAGCUUUGGAUUUAUUUGAUCAGAUGAAGCAAGAAGGUCUGAAACCAAAUGAUGUCACCUUCAUAGGUGUUUUAGCUGCUUGCAGUCAUGUGGGUUUGGUUGAGGAAGGCCUUAGUUACUUCAAAUCCAUGUCUAAUGUGUAUGGACUUAAUCCAAUACCUGACCAUUAUGCCUGUGUUGUGGAUAUUCUUGGACGAGCAGGCCAACUUGACCGUGCAAGGAGAUUUGUUGAUGAAAUGCCUAUCACUGCUAAUGCAAUGAUUUGGCGAACACUUCUCAGUGCGUGUAAAGUACACAAGAACAUCGAAAUUGGGGAGCUUGCAGCCAAACAUCUCCUGGAGUUAGAGCCCCAUGAUUCGGCAUCAUAUGUCCUCCUAUCAAAUGCAUAUGCUGUUACUGGGAAGUGGGCCAACAGGGAUCAGGUCAGAAAGAUGAUGAAAGACAGAGGAAUUAGAAAAGAACCAGGUCGAAGCUGGAUUGAAGUAAAGAAUGCAGUCCAUGCAUUCUUUGUUGGUGAUCGGUUGCACCCCUUGUCCGAUCAGAUAUACAAGUUUUUGUCUGAGCUAAAUGAUAGGUUAUCCAAAAUAGGAUACAAGCAAGAGAACCCUAAUUUGUUUCAUGAAAAAGAGCAAGAGCAGAAAGACCCUACUGCUUUUGUCCAUAGUGAGAAGUUAGCUGUUGCUUUUGGGUUAAUGACUUUGCCUCCUUGUAUUCCUCUUCGAGUGAUUAAGAACCUUCGUGUAUGUGAUGACUGCCACAGUUGGAUGAAAUGUACCUCUGAAGUCACAAGAAGAGAAAUUGUAUUACGAGAUGUGUACAGAUUUCACCAUUUUAACAGUGGCAGCUGUUCAUGUGGAGAUUACUGGUGAAUUGGGCUGUUGCAAAGUGUUUACAGCACUUUUUUUUAUAGAAAAAUCCCCCCAGUGCUAUUCCUAAUGGUUUUCAUUUUAAGAUGUCUGGGGUCUACACUUAUAUCUGCUAUUGUGACAUGUAUGUAUCUGGAAAUGGAUUCGCCAUGCGAAAUCUAGCAUGUCUAGAUAAACAUGUACAGGGCUUUGGAAAUUGGAAGAGCCAUUCAUACCUGUCGCAUGAAGUUGAGGUUUUUUUAUCUUUGUGGUUUUCAUUAUUGUCGCAACUCAUUUGUUUAACCAUUAUAAUUUGUCUUGUCCUGAAUGUCACUAACUCCGUUACCUGCAACACUUGUUUCAGGCACCAUUCAUUCAGAGUCAACUAGUCAAGUGUCUAAGGUUCACUGCGUUAAAUGAGACCAUCUGUAAUCAUGACAUGGAUUAAGAUAUUUGUCAGACUGCAGAAAUGCAGAUCAAUAUGCUGUUUACUGACUCAAUCAGGAUCCCUUAAAGUGGUAACAUUUACGACUUCUGAUGUCUGUGCCUUCAUGUUCAGAAGUUCUUGUGUUUAUUUCAGAUUGAAGAGAGUGCAGAAACAGAUCUCGGUGGUGAUCUUCUUGAACUGAAGAGGGAAAUCUGGGUGUGCUCUGCUUUGAUCAAUUGGUUGCAGAAUGUCAUAUAUGGAUAUUAUGCCUUGCUGCAGUUUGCUCUCUUCCUGUAAUUUGGUGUUUUGAUGAUGAUAAGAGUUUUUAUGGCCAUUAUCUUGUGAAAAAAUAACAUUUGGAAGUUAAUACAAAUGUACUAGGUUCUGUAGCUCUUC